AUUACUACCCCCUUUCCCCCCUCAUCCCCUCAAGUAUCCCCCUACCCCCCUUUCUUGUCCUACCCCUCUUCUCUUCCAUACCCCUUGACUUCAAGAGCGUCGUAGGCACCCCCAGUGGAAAAACACAGCACCCACUAUCUUCGCGCAGACGCAGGACUUCCGACGUCACGCACACACACACACACACACUCAAGGUCUGCUUCCCGACGAACACUUUACUUCAUCUCCUGAUUUGACGACACUCCCGACGAGCGACUAGCGUUGCUGUCCCCCAUCACCAUUAUCAUUACGACUAGAUAAUACACACGGGACUUUUCAACUCUCCCACGCCCUUGACACAGCCCCACCACCCUCACCCACUCUUCUUUGCCACACAACAUGGCACACCACACCGGCGGCUACCAACAGCCCCAGGACACCUAUAUGCACUCGAAUGCAUCCCAGUUCGACAAUCAAUACCAGAGCGGAGGAUACAGGGAUGAACCUGGAUAUACCGGACAGCAGACACCCCAGAGCGACUACUAUGGAGCCGGUGGAGAUGGCACUCACGACUCUGCCAGGUAUGGCGCCGGCGCUGGUGCUGUCGGCGGUACUGGCUACAACCCAGCUCAAGAGUCUGCCAACAAGUACUCGUACGCACCACCAAAGAAGACCAAGUCAAAGAAGCUGAUGUGGAUCAUCAUUGCCAUUGUUGCCCUCAUCGUUAUCAUUGGUGCUGUUCUCGGUGGAGUCUUUGGCUCUAGGGCAGCCAGCAGCAGUAGCAGCGGUAGUGGCGGUAGCGGUAGCGGCAGCGAAGCAGGUUCCGCCAGCAGCUUCUCCGGCCAAUCCGCCGCUGCUCGUGUGGCCAACAUCCCUUCUUCAGUCUCUUCGUCAGCUGCUGCUGCUGCCAGCGCUGGCGGCAAGAACGACGUCUUCUUCGAUGGCACUGACUUGUACGGCAACCCUUACUGGGUCAGCUCCAACCUCGACGCCUCUGCACCUGCCCAGGGCGAGGAAGUCGUCUCGUGCUCAGACUCCAACACACCCGACGGCACCCUCUCCGCUACCUCCCUUCGUAGCCACCCUCGUCUCAUGACCACUGGACCUGAGUGGAGCUGCCUCCCCCAGAAGAUCGCCAAAGACGCCUACCUUACCGUGUGGAACGCUUCGAUCUUCGCCAACGCGUCUGCCUUCUAUGAUCUUCCCCCUAUCAACUACACCUUCGAUGGUGACCCGGCCAGUGGCUCUGGUAUCCUCGACCCUGCUCGUGAGACCCAACUUCGUAUCAAGACCUGGGCGUACGCGUACAUGAUCAGCAACGACACCAAGUGGCUCGACAGGACCUGGACAGAGAUGGUCGCCGUCGCCGGUAACUCUACUACAGACGUUUGGGACGCCUCCGAAGACAUUCCUGGGGCCACAAAGAACGAGACUUGGAACCCAGACCAUUUCCUCGAUCUUGCUGAAUUGACUGCUGCCUUUGCCAUUGGAUACGACUGGCUCUACGACGCCUGGAAGCCUUCUCAGAGGGAAGCAAUCAUGUGGACCAUCAUCACCUUUGGACUCAACCAGGGUGUUGAUUACUACAAGACUGGCGCUGCCUGGUGGAGUGAGACCUUAAACGGUAACGGUAACUGGAACUGUGUCUGCAACUCGGGUCUCAUCCUUGGUGCCCUCGCCAUUUGGAGUGAAGACCCUACCGAUGCAUCACAGACCAUCAUCAACGAAGCUCUGCCCAACAUGCGCCAGAACUGCAUGCGAGGAGCCGGCAGCGAUGGAACCUGGUCCGAGACUCCCAACUACUGGUACUUUGGUACCAAUGCUCAGGCUCGCGCUCUCUCGGCGCUGAUCUCCUCCACUGGCUCCGACCAGGGUCUCAGUGCAGCCAACUCCAACUGGAACCUCACUGGACAGUACCACAUGUACGUCGGUGGCCAAGCUGGUCUCUUCGCAUACGGCGACAACGGACCCAACAAGUUCUCUACCAAUGCCAACGGAAUGUUCCUGUGGGGCAAGCUCGCCAACCUGCCCAUCUACUCUCUGUACCAGCGAGACCGUGCUGAUGCAGCCGACCCUCUGAGCAUGUUCUGGUACGACACUGGUGUCACCGGAUCCUUCUGGAAUGGCCUCGCCCUGGACAAGUUCUUCAACAACAACCACUCGUCGUGGGGCAGCAUGCGAAGCUCUUGGACCGACUUCACUGGUACUUACGUGGCCAUGAGGGCUGGUAAUGCCACUGGUUCGCAGACUCACGGAGAUCUGGAUGCUGGAGACUUUGUCAUUGACGCCCUGGGAACCCGUUGGGCCGGAGAGUACGGAAGCGGAAACUACCUUUCCACCGACUACUUCACAAGUGAGGCUCAGAACGCCGUCCGAUGGCAAUACUACCGCAAAGGUACGCAGGGUCAGAACACUCUGGUGAUCAACAAGGAGAAUCAGGCGGCCAGCUGCCUGCCCACCAACACCAUGGACUCGACUGGUGCCACGCAGAGUUCCAGCAUCAACUACGUUCCGGGCACCAGCGACAUCGCCUACUUCAUCACAGACAUGAGCGACUGCUAUAACCAGACUAGCGGUACGAUCAAGCGCGGUAUUCGAUUCCUCAAUGGCCGUCGUCAGGUCCUGCUGCAGGACGAGGUCUCGGGCGGCUCGGGUAUCACCUCGAUCGAGUGGCGUGUACAGACCAAUGCCACCAUCUCUCUCAAUGCCAACAAGACUCAGGCCACCCUCACCAUUUCCCAAGUGACCGACGCAAACUCCUGGGGUAACCUCUCCGACCCUCUCGUCUCUAAGCUGCCCCAGAAGCAGACGAUGCUGGUCAGCCUGAUCAACUCAGGCUCAGCCACUUUCGCCGUGGAGACUCCACCCGCGCGAGUGUACGGCAGCGACCCCAACACUGCUUCGGGUGAGCAGGGAGACCAGCCCAACCCUGGUGUGUCGGUGCUCAAGGUCGACUUCCCUUCGACGACGGGGAUGCUCCAGGUGCUGUGGCAGCCACAAUGGGAGAACCUGGGAGAUGCGGACAAGGCUACACCGAACAAUGUGUCGCUGUCCAACUGGAGUCUCACAUCGCACUAAGUCGCGAGCCGCUCAGCGCGAAGCGCGAGCGAAGGGAUGCGAGCGUCUGGCCAUAGAUGGACAUUGGCUCCCCUGCGUUCGACUGUUCUGCCACUUCCUGCUCCAGCUCCAGCCUCUUCUUCGGUCUUUCCAAUCAUCGCACACAUCGCAUCUUGCAAUCUCUCUCGGUCUUUCUUCCCCCACCCUUUCCCCCAUCUCCUCUUUCUUCCACUAGUCUUUUCCUAGCCUGCUUUGCCUUUUUCCCCACUCGCCCUCGCCUUCGCUUCGCUUCGAGUCGAUUUCUUUUCCAUCCAACUCGCGAUCCCUCUUCUCCUCUUGUACACUUCUUCCAUCUCAUCAAAGGCCCCCCUACCCCCCCUUUUUCAGUCAGACGAAAAAAAUCUUGAUCGACCGAUCGACAACAAGGACAAUACAAUACAAUGAACUACAAUGAUCAUACACUCCUUUU